UUUACCGCUAAGUGGUGCGGGGGGUGGGGUGGGUAAACAGCAGUCGGCUUUUUUUGGGGGGACGGACGGAGGGGGCUGGGUGUCUCUAUCACCCCCUCCAAAAAUCUCCUACAGACGGAUUAGUCCAAAAUGAGUACCGAUCGCCGACGCGAGUCUCGGUCCAGUCGGCCUGAUGGUGAGAGCCCAGGCGCCGAGACCGAGAAGGCAGACUCGCGGGAUUCUGCUAGCGGCACGGAACCCUCCAGAGACACGCGCUGCCGCCGGACCAACAGCACAGUUUUCCGCUGGCUGCGGGAGAGAUGCUGGGGCAGAGGAGUCGCCGUGGACCCGUCCAGGGAUACAUUCAGGACCAUGACCAGCUUAUACAGCUCGAUGAACCCGGCCGACUCGGUGAACCUGAGUACCAAGACGCACGGAGCGGUGUUUAACUUGGAGUACUCGCCGGACGGGUCUGUACUAACCGUAGCGUGUGAGCAAACUGAAGUUCUUUUGUUCGAUCCAAUAUCCUCAACACACAUUAAAACGCUGGUUGAGGCCCAUGAAGACUGUGUCAACAACAUCAGGUUUCUUGACAACAGACUGUUUGCAACAUGUUCUGACGACACCACAAUUGCACUCUGGGACUUGCGGAAGUUGAAUUCCAAAGUAUGUACGCUGCAUGGGCACACCAGCUGGGUCAAGAACAUUGAAUAUGACACUAAUACACGGCUGCUAGUAACCUCAGGUUUUGAUGGAAAUGUUAUAACAUGGGACACAAACAGGUUUACGGAAGAUGGCUGCCCACAUAAGAAGUUCUUUCACACUCGAUACCUGAUGAGAAUGAGGCUAACGCCAGACUGUUCAAAAAUGCUGAUAUCCACCUCUUCUGGUUAUCUGCUUAUUCUUCAUAAUCUUGACCUAACUCAGUCCCUGGAGGUGGGCAGUUACCGUAUUCUGAGGGCAAGGCGGACUGCUUUAAGCUUAGACAAUGUUACAUCAGGAUCUCGAGUGUCUGGUUCACCAAGAAACAGCAGCGAUUCUAGCCAGGCUUCAAAUAAACUAUUAUCUCCUUCAUCACAGCGGGAAGGUGGCUCACCUCGUAACAGCCUAGAGGUGCUGACUCCUGAGAUUCCAGGAGAAAGAGAUCGGGGCAACUGUAUCACAUCACUUCAGCUGCAUCCUAAGGGCUGGGCCACAUUGAUACGUUGCUCAAGCAACACAGAUGACCAGGAGUGGACAUGUGUCUAUGAAUUCCAAGAAGGCACUCCAGUGCGAGCUGUCUCUCCCCGCUGUUCCCUUAAGUUGACCCACUACAUUGAAGAAGCCAAUGUAGGCCGGGGCUACAUCAAAGAACUGUGUUUUAGUCCCGAUGGACGUCUAAUCUGUUCACCCUAUGGCUAUGGAAUUCGCCUGAUGGCUUUUGACGAGCAGUGCAGUGAACUGGUAGACUGUCUGCCCAAGGAGUCCAGCUGUCUAAAGGAAAUCCGUUCCAUUUAUUCCCACAGUGAUGUGGUGCUUACCACAAAGUUCUCGCCCACUCACUGCCAGCUUGCCUCUGGGUGCCUUAGUGGACGAGUAUCUCUCUACCAGCCAAAGUUCUAGCUGUUACUACCACAGGACGCCUUCUGCUAUUUCACAUUGGCAAGACUUUGUAGUGUCUGACGCUGGUCUUAAUAAUUCAUUUUUAUUUCUUUUCAAAUUUGUAGAAAGAAGUUGCUUUUUAAGUCAUUUAGUGCCCCUUUUUUUUUUUGCAGGUUUUUGAAUACACAAUGUCAUUCAGCACUUUAGAAGAACAAUUUUGGCUUCAUAAUUAAUUAGUUCAGUUUCAUUUUUUUGUUUGUUGUCUGAACUAAAAUGGCUACAACAUGUCAAUAAUUCAGCUUUUUUUUUUUUGAUAUAAAGAAAAUUUGGAAAUUAAAGAGUGAUGCUUCUGCUGCUGGUCUGCACACUGAUAGUUGUGCCUCAGACAAAGAAGGCAAGCUGUCUACUCUGCAGACUCUUGCUGAAAAUCAUUCUUUAGUAUUAUUUUACUGCAAAUGUCUUAACAUGCCUCACAGCAUAUGGAUCCCAGUUAUCUCCUCACCAUUGAAUGUAACUUUUGCGGUUUGACAUGCAAGACCAAACUAUCCUGUAAAGUAAUUUCUCAUCAUAAAAACUCACAUUUUGAAGUACUGCCUCAUUUUGCCUUAAACUGGAAAUACUGGCAGCAGUGAGCUCAUGUACCCUAUAUUGUAAAAUAAGAUGCAAUUUUUUUUCCUUCUUUUCUCUAAAUGCCAAUGUGAUAUAUAAGUGGGAGAUUGUGAUAUUUAUUGCUUACCUAUUUGUGUUAUGUUUUUGUUUGCUUUUCUUGUCUUAGAUCAUUAACAAUAAAUAUAUAGCCUGAA